GCAGGAGUAGAUGAACAAGGUCGCGGAGGAACUUCAAUAUUCCAAGGUUCUAGACACCCUUUGAAUGUGCUUCUUCGACGAAGCUGUGAGGAGUAUGCACGAAUGGAACGUGAAUGGCGCCAGUGGGUCGCUUGCUUGAUGAUGACAGAAGCCGACAUGCGCGCAGAGAUCCAAAAGUUCGAAAGGGAUGAGGCACUGAAGGAAGAAAUUUGUCGCUUGUGUCCUCACUGUCGGAAUUAAGGCCUUAUAUUUAAAGAUAAGUACUACACUCAAUCAUAUUUACGCUUUAGCUUUACUAGGCUGACCUUCGGUAUUGGUACCGCCUUUUCUUAUUUUAUGAUGAUAGGAAGAGAUUCCAUCAUUCCACUACAGACAGUUGUUCUAGGAUCACUAGUACAGAAUGAAUUUGAAUAUAACUAGAAGUUGUGAGCUUCAAAAAGGUACUCAGUAAAUACUAUCUCAAGAUGUUGGAAGAUUGACUUUUAAUACAGGCAAACUGAAGCUGAAGCUCUUCUAAGAGAAGUUGAUCAUGAGGGAGUCUGGUUGUGACAGCAUGAUCUGCGGUCAAACACCACAUAGAAAGAAAAUAGCCGCCUCUGCGGGUUGCGGAAAAUCCUUUGAUUGGAUCAGGGAGGGCAUCAGAUACAAGCGAACGAAAGCGCCAGAAUAUGGUCGUAUCGCGGAACUUUUUGGCGGGUUUCAAGGAGGUGGCAAAGAGGAGCAAGAGAAGUCUACAUUUCAACGAGGUGCUGAACAAGGGCAACAGGACGCUCCUCCAGGAUCCCCAACUGAUGUUGCACAUAGCACGAGCGGAG